AUGCCCACCCCCACCCCAACCCCAACCCCCCUAACCUACAUCCCCCCCCUCCUCGACGGCGCAAGCGGCACGACCCCCCACGCCCAACACCCCCUGCUCACCACCCUGCACCACGAGCUCACCCAAACCCUGCCCAUCCUCCCCACCCUCUGCCGCGCCCUCCUCCUCCACCGCUUGCUGCCCCAUCGUCUCCACCCCCACCCAGUCGUUCCAGCGUCGUGGGCGGACACGGCUGAAACAGCGCUGUACUUCCUCCUCGCCUGUUUCGAAGUCGAGGGUGGUGGUGCCUGGUGGUGGGGGGUGGGGAAUGGGUGGAUGAUGGGGCAGGAGGUGGUGGAGGAUGAGAAAGUGGCUGUUCUUGGGGGGGAUGGGGAUGAGCGGUGUUUCUCGAUGCCCAGCCAGGUCCGGAGGACCUUGUACUCCCAGAUGCGGAGCGCCUUGCUCGACGACUCGAUGAACCGCUGCGUCGUUCUCUGCCACAACGACAGCGCCGUUAUUGUUUCCCAGGCCGUGACCCAGUUGUGUGCCGAUUUGCCCUCGGAGAAGCUGCGCAAGCUGGAGAUCUACACUUUCGGUGCUGCCGCCAGCGAGUUCAUGAUGCCGCUCGGAGAUAAGAGCAUGGAGCCGGAAUCGGUACACCACGCCGGAGACCACACGAACGAACGCCGCGGUAUUCAUAUCGAGCACUUUGCCAUGACAAAAGAUCCCUUUGCUCAGAUGGGAGUGCUGCAAAGCGUCGGACGAAACAUGAAAUCCCGGUUCUGCGGCGGCGUCUUCGUCAUGAACGACACAACCCCUACCAUGCAGACGGCUAGGCCCAAAGUCAUGCCAACCUGCUCUGGCUAUAGCCAUGGAGGACUACCUUAUGGCUCUCUUCCCAAACCAAAUGGCCCCGGACAGCCCCACCAUGGUGCGCAGCGUUCUCGACAGUGUCAUGACCAUCGACAGAGACUGCGCCGAGAAGCGCGAGAUUGCGGCCAUGAGCAACUACCACGCAGCGUCCCAGACCAAAAAUGGUGGGAAGCGGCUCAGCUGGACCGGGCUUGCGACCAUGGCCCGGGCAGAAGAAUGGCAUGA